AUGCUCUCUGCUCGGAUUCUUAGCUCGCACCCGCUCGUCGUGAAACGCGCGGCGCGCCGUUUCGGGUUACUUCCAAAGACCGUCGUUGUAACCCUGGAAAAGUGGGGGUUACCGGCGAAUACCCUGGUGUCUGACGAGGCGGCGUCUGCUGGUUCUGAUGCUGGCAGUGCGGGUUUAGAUGCGAAGGAGCGGCAGCAGCGGCAGCAGCUGCAGAAGCAGCAGCAGGAGCAGCAGGAGACGACUCGAAUUUCCUUCUCCAUCACUGUUCCGUUUUCGGAGUUUCUUUACCACGUGAAGAAGGACAAUAUCGUGUCGAUUACUGUAGACGGCGACAAGGUGUCGUUCGUCCUGCGACGCCCCGAGUUCGCCAAAGGGCACAAGGCGACGGAGUUACAACCCAUGAUUCGCCAAGUGGAAAGAAUGGCAGAGAGCAAGUGGAAGGAGGCGGGGGAAGUUUCUGGGAAGAAGGUGGGGAAGAUGCCACCUGUCCAAGUGCAGCUGACUACCGUGAAGCCUGCUGACGUGGCGGUCCCGUACGCGGAGCUCAUGUCACGCCACGUAGAGUUUGGUGCUCCGGAUAAGGCGUCGUUUAAACUCGUGAAUACGAUUUCGUCCACUCUCCUGUACGCAGGCAUAGCAGCGGUCGUGCUCUCGCGCUUGCAAAUGAAGCUCCCACAGUUUGGGGGUAAGGCACGCAGUCAGAAGGGAAAGGCGCCGCCAGUGCUGUUUGCUGACGUGGCAGGGGUGGAUGAGGCGAAAGAGGAGCUAGAGGAGAUCGUGGAGUAUCUCCGCACGCCGGAGCGUUUCACUCGACUGGGGGCCAGACCUCCCAGAGGAGUGCUGCUGGUUGGGCCGCCAGGCACGGGAAAGACGAUGCUGGCCAAGGCAGUGGCUGGGGAGGCAGACGUACCCUUUAUAAGCUGCAGCGGUAGCGAGUUUGUGGAGCUGUAUGUGGGCCUGGGUGCGUCGCGAGUGAGAGAGCUGUUCGCGCAGGCAAAGAAGGACUCGCCGUCUAUCGUGUUUAUUGAUGAGAUCGAUGCAGUGGCCAAGGUGCGGGAUGGGCGCAUGCGCAGUGUGGGCAACGACGAGAGGGAGCAGACCCUGAACCAGCUGCUCACUGAGAUGGACGGGUUUGACAGCAGCACUGCAGUCAUUGUCCUUGCAGCCACCAACAGGGCAGACGUCAUCGACCCCGCCCUGCGCCGCCCAGGGCGGUUCGACCGGAUUGUAGCGGUGGAGCCUCCUGAUCGCAAGGGGAGGGAGGCCAUACUGACGGUGCAUGUGGAGCACAAGGAGCUACCUCUGAGCACCGAUGUGGACAUUCAGGAAAUCGCUGUCGCCACCAGCGGAUUUACGGGGGCUGAUUUGGCGAAUCUGGUGAACGAGGCAGCGCUGCUGGCAGCAAGGAGGGACCACGAGGAGGUCACUAAGCAGGACUUUGAUAGUGCUGUUGAACGGGCUCUUGCGGUGAGUGCUGUGAAUCUGUGA